CAAAUGUCUAUGAAAAUCCUUCCCACAGGCCCCGGAGAUGGGAUGCUGUUGACAGUGCUGCACGUCACAGUGAGUGUGAAGGCCGAGGAGGUGUCCUCAGACAAGAUGCAGCUCGUGGGGACAUUGCAGGAACGCGGUGCUUCCUGGCCGGCGCAACCGAGGACCCGUGGUGUGGACGGCCCUGUGGAGGAGUGGGGAGAGAGGGAAACCCUGGGGCCUGGCGACAAGCUACCUCAUGUCCCCAAAGAGGAGCCCUGGCCCCACCAGGAGUCAGAGUCGCCCAACACCGAGGAGACCUGCGAGUUGUCAGCAGAUGGAAGCUCCUCAGGCUGGUGCCCCAGACGAGGCCCUUCCCCAGGUGAAGGAGGUGCCUGGAUGCUGAGCAGAGCUGAGGAGCAGACUCCUGUGGAAGGGUCUGCAGACCUGGAGCCACCACGGACUUCCCCAGGGAGUUUGAGUACCCUGAGACCUGAGAAGGAGCAAUGGCACAAGGAUCAGGGGAGGCCACAAAAACAGAAGGAGAACCUAGCAGUGAACCAGGUACCAUCUCCAGUUGAGCAUGAGAGCGGAGAAGAGACAGAGCCCAAACAGAGCCCUGGGUGCAGAGAAGUAGUUGUGGAGCUGAGAGAACUGAAGAGCCCCUGGAAAGAGGCCCUGCAUCCAAAUGAAGGCAGUGAGGAGAGCAUCAGAGGGAAGCAGAAACUUGCCAUCAAGCACAGGGGCAGAGCCCACCCCUGCCCUGAGGUCAGGAAAACCUUUAACUGCCCCUCACUCCUGGCUUUGUGUGAGAUAAGACAUGCUGGGGAGAAGCCCCAUGUAUGCACCAAGUGUGGGAAGAACUUAAUCUGCUGGCAAGACCUGUCUCAGCACCAGUGUGUGCAGAGUGGGGAGCAGCCACAUCAUGGCACCAAGUGUGAAAAGAGCUUCAGGCAGCCCUCCAUCCUGGGCAGGCAUAGGUGCAUGCACACAAGGGAGAAGCCACAUCAGUGCUCUGAGUGUGGUAAGAGCUUCGCCAGCUCCUCCAACCUGGCCAAGCACUGGGUCAUCCACACAGGGGAGAAGCCACAUGGGUGCUCUCAGUGUGGGAAGAGCUUCACCCACUCCUACAACCUGGUCCAGCACCAGUGCAUCCACACUGGGGAGAAGCCACAUCAAUGCUCCAUGUGUGGGAAGAGCUUCACCUGUUCCUCCCACCUGGCUCAGCACCAGUGUAUUCACACAGGGGAGAAGCCACACCAGUGUUCAGAUUGUGAGAAGAGCUUCACUUGCUCCUUUGAUCUGGCCUGGCACCAGCUCAUCCACACAGGGGACAAGCCACAUCUGUGCCCUGUGUGUGGGAAGAGCUUCACCCAACUCUCCCACCUGGCUCAGCACCAGCCCAUCCACACGGGGGAAAAGCCACAUCAGUGCACUGUGUGUGGGAAGAGCUUCACCCACUCCUCCAACCUAGCCCGGCAUCAGCUCAUCCACACAGGGCAGAAGCCACAUCAGUGCUCUGAUUGUGGGAAGAACUUCACUGACUCCUCCAACCUGGCCUGGCACCAGCGUAUCCACACUUGGGAGCAUCCAGGCCUCGGUCAGCAGCAGGAGAGCGGGGCAGCAGCACCCAGUGGGAAGAUCCUUUAUCCUCACUGUUAUUUGGAAACCCGGGACUGGGGAGCCAGUGGGUUGUGGAGAGGGACGAUGCUCCAGCAGCAGGAGCGUCCUCUGCGCUCGUGUCCCCCUGACACAGAGGACACCUGGGACUUGUCGGCAAAUGAUGGCCCCUUGGACUGCUUCCCCAGACCAGGCCCUUCGCUAGAGGCAGCAGGUGCAGGGGCGCUGAGCACAGCUAAGGAACAGGCUCCUGUAACCCUGGAGCUGCUGAAGCCAUCUCAAGGAAGAUCAGGGGAGAGGAGACCCCUGAGGCCUGGGCCAGACCAAAUGCGUGAGAAGCUGGGCAGUGGCCCACCACAGAGAGAGGACAUGGCCGUGAGCAAGCUCCGGGAGGUGUUUGAGGACGUGGCCGUGUAUUUCACACGGAAGGAGUGGGAGCUGCUGGACGAUGACGACAAGGUGCUUUACCGGGACCAGAUGCUGAGGAAUUACCAAGCCCUCAUGUUCCUGGGUUAUCAAGGUCCUACACCAGACUUAAUCUGCCACAUCCAGCGAGGGGAGAUGGAGCUCUGGAUGUGCAGUAAUGAGGAAGCCGGAGAAAGUUCGUUGUCUGAGGACUUGUCCCCAGAUGCUGAGAUACUGGGCAGAGCUGAGCAGCAGCAGUUUCCUGAGCCAGGGUCUGCCAACGAGCAGCCGGUUCAUGCUGGAAACCAGCUCCACACCCAACAGGGACAGAGAACAGCAGAGACCCAAAGGAGCAGAGAAGGAAUUGAAGGGCAGAGAGACCUGAAAAGCUGUCACAAGAGCAUGGCUCUAGAGGGGCAGGGGCUGCAUAUAUGUGGAGAGCCCAGUGAGAGCUUUGGGGACAAACAGGAACGCGGGGUCCAUGGGAGAACCUACUGGAGGGAGGAUGCCCACCCCGGUGCCGAGCAUGGGAACAGCACCCACCACACACGCCCUCUCCUCGGGGACCAGAGAAUGCACUCAAGGGACCAACCCCGCCUCUGCCCGGAGUGUGGGAAGAGCUUCGUCUCCCUGAGCGACCUCCGAGGACACCAGGGCAUGCACGCUGGUGAGCUGCUGUACCACUGUGCUGAGUGCAAGAAGGGCUUCUCUAGGUGGGAUCACCUCCAAAACCACACGUGCAUUCACGUGGGGAAGAAGCCAUUCUCCUGUCCGCAGUGUGGGAAGCGUUUCACCUGGAGCUCCAAACUCAUAAGGCACCUGCGCGUGCACACGGGAGAGAAGCCGUUCUCCUGCAUCGAGUGCGGGAAGAGCUUCACGCAGAUGGAAAAACUCACCAAUCACCGGCGCGUGCACACAGGGGAGAAGCCAUUUUCCUGCAGCCAGUGCAGAAAGAGCUUUACGCAGAGCUCCCAUCUCACCAAGCACCUGCGCAUACACACAGGGGAGAAGCCGUUCUCUUGCAGCCAGUGCGGGAAGAGCUUCACACAAAGCGACAAACUCGCCAAUCACCUGCGCGUGCACACAGGGGAGAAGCCAUUCUCUUGUAUCCAGUGCAGGAAGAGCUUCACGCAAAGCUUCACAUUAACACAGCACCUGCGCAUGCACACAGGGGAGAAGCCAUUCUCCUGCCCCCAGUGCGGGAAGAGCUUCAUACAGAGCUCAAAACUCAUCAGGCAUCUGCGUGUGCACACAGGGGAGAAACCGUUCUCUUGUAGUCAAUGCGGGAAGUGCUUCACGCAGAGCUCCACCCUUGCCAAGCACUUGCUUGUGCACACAGGGGAGAAGCCGUUCUCCUGCAGCCAGUGCGGGAAGAGCUUCACCCAGAGCGCCACGCUCACGCAGCACCUGCGCAUACACACGGGGGAGAAGCCCUUCUCCUGUUUGCAGUGUGGGAAGAGCUUCACCGAUCACUCGAUGCUUACACAACACCGUCGCAGACACACAGGCGAGAAGCCGUUCUCCUGCACUCAGUGUGGGAAAAGCUUCAUGCAGAGCUCCAAUCUCACUGUGCACCUUCGCAUGCACAUGGGGGAGAAACCGUUCUCCUGCAGCCAGUGUGGGAAGAGCUUCACGCAGAGCUCCACGCUAACCACUCACCUGCGCGUGCACACGGGGGAGAAACCCUUUUCCUGCAGGCAGUGCGGGAAGAGCUUCACACAGAGCUCACAACUCACCAGGCACCUGCGCACACACACCGGGGAGAAGCCAUUCUCCUGCCCGCAGUGUGGGAAGAGCUUCACCGAUCACUCAAUGCUCACACAGCACCAGCGCAGGCACACGGGGGAGAAGCCGUUCUCCUGUGGCCAGUGUGGGAAGAGCUUCAUGCAGAGCUCCCAUCUCACUGUGCACCUUCGCAUGCACACGGGGGAGAAACCGUUCUCCUGCCCACAGUGUGGGAAGAACUUCACACGGAGCUCCACGCUCACCAGUCACCUGCGCCUGCACUCAGGGGAGAAGCCCUUCUCCUGCGGCCAGUGCGGGAAGAGCUUCACGCAGAAUUCACACCUCACCAGGCACCUGCGUGUGCACCCAGGGGGAGAGGUUGUUCUCGUGCAACCAGUGUGAAAAGAGCUUCAGCAACAGCGCAACUCUCACAAGGCAUGUGCACAUUUGCUUGCACCUAGUGUGGGAAGGACUUUAUGCAGAGCUCCAAAUUCACCCAUCACUUGCAUGCACACAUGGGAGAGAAACCCUUGUCUUGCAGUCAGCAUGGGAAGAGCUUCACCUGAAGGUCAUUGCCCACCAGGCAUCAGUACAUGCACAUGGGGCAGAAACUGCCCUUGUGCCCAGUGCUAGAAGUGUUUCAGGAGCAGAAUCGUUGCAAUGAAUGGAGUGCAGAUUCCCUUGUCCUCCCUGGGCAGUGGGAGUGAGGGUCUUGCCCCUGGACUGUAACCCCCACCCAACACUCCCUCCUGCUUCCAUGUGGUGUGACCAAUGUGGGAUGUUGUGAUAGCUUCUGGUGGCAGCUGGGCCAGAGAAGACAACAGGCAAGAGCUAAGUGAUGGAGCCAGGUAACAGAAUAAGAGUCAGGGGGACACAAAACCAAAGUUGGCCUGAUUAAAAAACAUCCUUUCUUGAACCAUCCAGUCCUAGGCUGCUACCUGUGGUAGCAAAGUGAUCCCUUCCUUUUCCUUCCUGUGGUGUUUGGGACAUCACCAUCCUCAUCUGUUUUUUACCAUCCUUUAUCUUGUCAAGUUCGGUGUCAACCAGACAGGUCCCCUGCUCCCACACGAGAGAUUUUAGAUGAGGCGCUCAAUAAAUGCAAUAUCCUUGAAACGGUUCUCAACUGCUGUGUCCUGGGGAACUCCCAGGCCGUCUCUGGUUCACUGCUUUGCUUGCUGCUUAUCAGGUCUGGCCUGGCUGUCUGGAAAGUCUUAUUUUCUUGGCAGGGAGGCAUUCAGGAUUGAACUGUUUCUCACUAUCCUAAGGAGACCUUGCCUGUGGCUCCCAUGAUGGGAUCCUAUGACCCCAGCUGACUUCCUGCCCUUCGGGCCGGGGGCUGGACUCGAUGAUCUUGCGAGGUCCCUUCCAGCCCUAAUGUCUAUGAAAUCUAUGGGAACACCACCACAGCGAUGAUCCCCACCUUUCAUUGACCUGACCCAAAUUGGCAGCGACUGCAGAGGAGAUCUUGUUCCAUGCAGCCAGGCUUCCCCCAGUC